GAGUGGAAGCCAGAGGAUUCAUGUUUGGCCCUUCAAUUGCCUUAGCCAUUGGCGCAAAGUUCGUCCCUUUAAGGAAACCCAGAAAGCUUCCUGGCGAGGUAAUUUCAGAAGCUUAUGAUUUGGAGUAUGGAAAUGACUGCUUAGAAAUGCAAAUUGAUGCUGUGAAGCCUGGGGAACGUGCAUUGGUAAUUGACGAUUUGGUGGCCACUGGUGGAACCUUAUCGGCAGCAAUCAGACUUCUGGAACGGAUGGGUGCUGAAGUGGUUGAAUGUGCUUGUGUCGUUGGAUUACGUGAAGUUAAGGGACAGCGUAGGCUCAAUGGAAAGCCACUUUAUAUCCUUGUGGAGCCACGUCAGUUGGAUGAUGGUUGUUUUUAAGGUGGGGCGGGGCGAUAUUGCUUCUKCUUAGGCUGAGAUUGAGAAGAUGAUGCUUGAGCAAACAGGGUGAUGAUUCCUGCAAUCAAGUUGGAGCAGCGAUUAAUGAAUUUGGGUCCCCAUUGUACUAUUUUUUAGUGCUAAAUUAUGUGUCCUUUCCCCAGGCUGUUAUUUCAACAAAAUCUUGAAUGAACAAACUAUUCUCAGAUUCUGAUAUUAAAAAAAAAAUCCAUGAUGUCUCAUUUCUUGUA